AUGUAUCUCAACAGCAGAUGGCAGCGAGAGAGAGUGUGGCGAGGCCGUGGGGAACCUUAUUCGGAUGCUUGUGUUGUGAUAGACUCGUGGAGUGGUCCGAGCAUCAUGGUGUGGGGUGGAAUUGGUCUUGCACAGUGGGUCGGCUCUGUGGUCUUCCAGAACAUCGGUCCAGGGAGAGGCAAUGCUGCAGGAAAUCCAACAUCUUUAAGAUUUGAGAGAUCGAAGAUAUGGACCCCAGAUAUUGUCAUCCAGGAUUCUCUUGAGAAUGUUCCGUAUCUCGGAUUCGAUGUUCAGCCUGUCAUAUUAACAACUCAAGGCAUGGCACAUAUUGAGGUGCAAGUGAAACCACAGACGGCAUGCGCCAUGGAUGUAACACGUUUCCCGUUUGAUCAACACACAUGCGUGGUGGUUCUUUCCUCUGAUAACUAUCAAGUGGAUGAACUGUAUAUGUAUCAGUUUGUUGCCCGUGGUAAUGUCUUGGCUGAAAAUGGAGAAUGGAAUGUGGCUGGGGUUGUUGCUCGGAAUGAAACGGAACUGACUCAGAUCUACAAAGCACAUUAUAAAAGCGUUGCUAUUACUGUGAGGAGGCGACCUCUCUACUACGUGGUGAAUCUUCUACUGCCUAUGCUGCUCAUCUCCACACUCAACCCCCUCGUGUUCCUGGUCAAGGCGGAAACAGGAGAGAAGCUAUCCACCUCGCUCACCCUGUUCCUCUCCUUCACAAUGUUUAUAUCACUUCUUAGCGGUAUGCUACCCCAGACCUCCACCAGCACAUCGCUUGUCUCCCUUUAUGUGUGUGCCCAGCUCCAUCUCAGUGGCUUCUAUGUGAUCUUCUGCAUUGUCAUCAUUCGUGUCAGUCACAUGAAGGAUUUUAACACAGUGACGAGAUUCCUUGCCAAAUGUACCAGCAGAGCAAACAGGGUCCGACAGGAGACCAUGAGAGAAGCAAAAGAACACGAAGAUUACCUAAGUGAGAUUGAUGGUACUUACUUCCAUGACGUCAGUGAUAUAAUAGACAGAGUUUGUUUCUUUGUCUCCAUCACUAUCCAUCUCAUCUUGACAGGUGCGCUGAUCUACUACGUUGUCCUGUGA